CUGUGGCGGCCGCCAUGUUUGUGAGGGGCACCGCCUUCCGCGUCGGAGGGGCUGACGCUGAGGGCUGGUCCCGCGAGAUGCUGCGGGGCGGAGCCUGAGUGCCACGUCGGGGCGAGCCCGAGGUAGCGGAUCCCAGCAGCGGCAGUACAAUGGCAGCGCCUCGCCUAGCAAGGAGCCGAACAGGACUCUGCAGCCCACUCACCGUCAUGGUGGCCUGCGUGGUGUUGAUACCGACCGCCUCCCAGCACGAGGACUUCCAUGGCCACUCACACGAGGGCUUACACCACGGGCACAGCCAUGCUGCCCACGGCCACUCGCAUGAGGGCCAUGGCCAUGGCCACUCGCACAAGCACCUGGACCAUGGCCACAGCCACGCCGACCACGGCCGCUCGCAUGAAGACUUCUACCACGGGCACAGCCACGCUCACGCGCACGAGGACUUCCAUGACCAUGGCCAUGUGCACGAGGACUUCCAUGACCAUGGCCACGUGCACGAGGACUUCCAUGGCCAUGGCCACGCGCACGAGGACUUCCAUGGCCAUAGCCAUGCUCACCAUGGCCAUUCGCACAAUGACCUGCACCAUGGCCAUGAUCACUUGCACGUUGACAUCCACCUGGGUCAUGCCCACGAGGGUCUCCAUGGCCCUGGGCAGGCUGAUGCUAGGCACCCCGCAGGGGACUCCCCCAGCCAGCAGCUGCCACAGGAGCGGCUGGACCCAGUCCAGUUGUGGACCCAUGCCGUGGGUGCCACGCUGCUGAUCAGCGCUGCCCCUUACUUCAUUCUCUUCCUCAUUCCUGUGGAGUCCAACACGUCCCAGCACCAGGCCCUGCUCAAGCUGCUGCUCAGCUUUGCCUCAGGAGGGCUCCUGGGAGAUGCCUUCCUGCACCUCAUCCCCCACGCCCUGGUGCCCCAUUCCCACCACGCAGAGGGCAGGAACACCCACUCCCACCCACAGGUGCCUGGACAUGGACAUUCCCACCAAGGGCCAGAGCAUGAGCAGAUGAUGUCAGUGGGGAUCUGGGUGCUGGCCGGGAUUGUUGCCUUCCUGGUGGUGGAGAAAUUUGUGCGACACGUGAAGGGGGGACACGGACAUGGGCACAGCCACAAUGGGCAAAGCCACGUCUCCAAGGCAAAGAGCAGCUCCGGAGAGGAGGAUGAGGGGCCCCGGGUCGAAGGGCUGCGGGAGAGGAAGGCCGGCCGGAGUGGUGUCCCCGUCGUGGCAGUGCAGAGGAAGAGAGGCCAGGAGCGCGAGCUGGGGACCCUGGAGUCCACGAUGCGGGUGUCAGGCUACCUGAACCUGGCAGCCGACCUGGCGCACAACUUCACAGACGGGCUGGCCAUCGGGGCCUCCUUCCUGGCAGGCACCAGCGUGGGGGCUGUGACCACGCUCACCGUUCUGCUGCACGAGGUGCCCCAUGAGGUCGGGGACUUCGCCAUCCUCGUUCAGUCUGGCUGCAGCAAGCGCAAGGUACCAUGGACCCACCCCCUUCCCCUGGGAGUCACCCUCCAGGACCUCUGUCCAUCAGGGGGCAUCCUGAUGUCCACCCAUGUCUGGAAACCCCCAGUUUCCCUGGGGUACCCCCCACCCCAGGACCCCUUUAAUCCCCCAGAAGUUACCUCCCAGACUUUCCCCAGCACCCCUCCCAACCCCAACGCCCCCAAUUCCCUGGGGGACAUCCCCAACACCAUUUCCAACCCUAGGACCCCCAGCCCCACGGGUCAUCCUGGGAACGACCCCAGGCAUCUGGGCCCCAUCUCCCUGCUCUACAGCUCCCCCAUACUGAGCUGGGGAGAGACUCGGGCUGUCCUGCCCCCCACCCCCAGCAGCGCCUGGUGGGAACCCAGGUGUCCUGACCCAGGCAUCCGGCAGGCCCGGUUCUCGGCCGCGCCCCACGUGUGCGUGAACUGUGCUGGGAUCACCCGGGACGAGUUCCUACUCAAGCAAACAGAGGCCACAUUCGAUGAAGUCAUUGCCGUCAACCUCAAGGGCACCUUCCUGGUCAUGCAGGCUGUGGCGCAAGCACUGGUGCAGAGCGGUGCCCCUGGUGGCUCCAUCAUCAACCUGGGCAGCAUCAUGGGCAAGGUAGGAAACCUGGGGCAGGUGAACUACGUGGCGUCCAAGGCAGGCGUGGAGGGGCUGACCAAGACUGCUGCCAAGGAGCUGGCCAGGUAUGGGAUCCGCUGCAACGUAGUGCUGCCUGGCAUCAUCCGCACCCUCAUGACGGAUCAGGUGCCCCCCAAAGUGAUGGCGAAGUUAUUAGCGCUGGUGCCUAUGGGACGGCUCGGAGACCCCGAAGAGGUGGCUGACGUCUGCGCCUUCCUGGCCUCAGAGGAGAGUCGUUACAUCACAGGGGCCAGCGUGGAGGUGACAGGGGGGCUCUUUCUCUGAUGGACCUGCCCCCUGUCCUGCUGCUGGGAGGUCCAGCAGUUCCCAGAAGCCUUUGCUCUGAGCUCCCGCCUCCAGCCCCCCACCCCGGGUGGAGCUGAGGGAGCGCAUCCAGCAUUUCCCAAGUGCCUCUGCAGCCACCUUCCCUGCCCCCGCAAGCCCAGCCUGGGCAGGGGACACCGGGGGCCCUGCUGGCUCAUCACACUAUAAUAAAUCGGUCAUUGCACCUGGAAA